AUGGACGGCGGAGCGCGGCCGGGCGGCGGCGGCCCGGGGCAGUCCCGCGAGUACAAGCUGGUGAUGCUGGGCGCCGGCGGCGUCGGCAAGAGCGCCAUGACCAUGCAGUUCAUCAGCCACCGCUUCCCCGAGGACCACGACCCCACCAUCGAGGACGCUUAUAAAAUACGAAUCCGCAUUGAUGAUGAACCUGCAAAUCUGGAUAUCUUGGACACUGCAGGACAGGCAGAGUUUACAGCCAUGCGAGACCAGUACAUGAGGGCUGGCGAGGGUUUUAUCAUCUGUUACUCGAUCACAGAUCGACGCAGUUUCCAUGAAGUGCGGGAGUUCAAGCAGCUUAUUUAUCGUGUUCGCCGCACUGACGACACUCCGGUGGUCCUAGUGGGAAAUAAAUCGGAUCUGACCCAACUGCGGCAGGUCUCUAAAGAAGAAGGCUCUGCUUUAGCACGAGAAUUCAACUGUCCUUUUUUUGAAACUUCAGCUGCGUACCGCUACUAUAUCGAUGAUGUAUUUCAUGCUCUUGUGCGAGAAAUCCGCAGGAAAGAGAAAGAAGCCGUAAUGGCCAUGGAAAAAAAAUCCAAGCCCAAAAGUAGCAUGUGGARAAGACUGAAGUCGCCAUUCAGAAGGAAGAAGGAUUCAGUCACUUGAGCGGAGGGGGUUCUUCCACAGAAUGAAACAAAAUCUGUGAAAAGCCAUUUGUAACCAAAGCGGUUUAGGGACAGCAUUUUGACAAGGAUAUUUUCUGUCUGUUGGGACUUCUACCAAGGAGGGUUUAAUAUCUACCAAUUACUUCUGUUUAAAAUGGUAUUUCCUUCAUUUUGGAUCUUUUUUUUCUUUCCCUAGUUGUUUGCAACAAAAUUUGCAACAAAAUUUGCAACAAAAUUUCGCUGUUUUAUGGAACAGUAACCCACACUGCAAGAAAAGUAGCUUACAAAGUGUGUGUCCUAAGGACCUAGGUUAGAUGUCAGUGUAGAAUUCUUGAGUUCUCAUUGAACAGAAUUUGUUCAAAAAAACAAGUAAGUAACGUGCAGUGUCACYGUUGAUGCAGUGAUGGAGUUGGGCUUCUAAACAAGUCAGAAACCAGUAAGUUCUGGUUCCUAUGGCAGCUAUAGCUUGGCAACACUGCAUGAAUAUGUAGUGUUUUCCUGCUAUAUAUAACAUUCCUUGUGUUGCCGUAGCAUGCGUGAUAUAAUGUCGCUGUAGACGCUCUAGAAACCACAGCUUUGGAUUUUCUGCCUUGCUUCUUAAAAACAGAGCUGUAAUAACGCAGUGGAUAUUUAUUUACAUUGAAUUUUAGCUUAUUUCCUUAAAGGAGCCAGUAUUGUUGGGAUGUGGGAAUCUCUAAUAUAGUCAUUUCAGAUUAGUCUGAUAACUCCUUGUAAAGAAGAUGACUGAAACUGAGUAUUGCAGUUAUUUGGCCCCAGGGCUGAUACUUAGAAUUCCUGUAAGAUUCUUCCAGUUGUAAGAGUAGAGCUGAAGACAGUCCUGACAGAUACUCACAUCUCUGACCCACGUAUUAUGCAGUUCAGUCAGAGCACAGAGGGAUUUUUCUUCAYGCUCAGUGAAUAAUGGCUUAGUUAAAAAAGCGUUUUUGAGACAGAAGAUCCUUUCUGCUUUGAAACGAUCCAUCAGCCCUAGAACUUAAAUCCAGAGCUGGGCUCCAGAUGCAGAAUGCCACCUGCCAGAGAGGUGCUUUUGAUUUUGUUUUUUAUUGACACCCAGAAUCCCAGGCAACUCGGCCAUGGUUAAAACGACCAAAACGAAGUGCCUGCAGUCUUUUAGUUUAAGAACAAAAGAGCUUAACUCACUCUUAAGUGUAAUGUAGCUUAUGUCAUUCGUUGAUCAUCCGUGUCAGUGAUUAUGCUAAUCUCGUUGAUCAGAAAUGAAAUCUAAUGGCAGCCUGAGCGGGCUGCGUGUGAUAAUGCAGUCGGAGAUCAGAAUGAAGCUCCAAUUCACAGAUUGAGUARGGGCAGCAAGGAGGUAUAAAGGUAUAAAACAUUAGGCUUCCUUGCUUAAACUCUAUAGGACUUAGGAUGCCACUGGAAAUCCUAAGCCUGGUGCUUCUAAGGAUAUUUUCUUUAUGUAGGAUUAAAAGCAUUUUUAUAAGGACAUUUGGAGGGGGGGGUAUAUUCUUUUAUGUACACUUGUACCUGAAGUAAAUGUUUAAAUUCGUUUCUGUUUCUCACUUCCAAAGCUCCAGUGUUGUGCCGCACUAGUGAUAAUUUCACGUCGAAAAAGAGGCGAAGAAUAAUUGGGAAUGUUUGUGCAACAGAAGGUCUUUUUCARAAGUAACUGUGAGCAGCUGUGCACAUCUGUCCUGUAGUUGCUCAUUUAGAACUGAAAGCGARUUUCCA